AUGGAGGGAUUUGGAGUUUUUUUUACUGGAACAAUUUUCACUGUAACCCCUGGUCUCUCCAGGAAGCUUGGCCUAAUAAGGAAACGCUCAUCAUCAUCUCUGGAAGAUGUCAAUCAAAAAUCUAAACCAAAUCAGUUUUUUUCCUAUUUAAUUAUUAUUGACUUUGAGUCUACUUGCUGGAAAGAUGGGAAGUCCCGCUACCCUCCGGAAAUAAUCGAAUUCCCAGCAGUGUUGCUGAACACUUCGAGCGGCGAGAUAGAGGUUGAAUUUCACACGUACGUCCAGCCUCAGGAGCACCCGAUCCUGUCCGGGUUUUGCACAGAGCUCACUGGCAUCAAACAGAGUCAAGUGGAAGCGGGCGUUCCUCUGGCAAUUUGCCUGUCUCAGUUUUCCCGUUGGAUUUGCAGGAUACAACAGGAGAAAGGCAUUGCCUUCAUCAAAGACACUUCUCCCUCCUGUGCCAAGGAGUUGAGGCCCUGUGCCUUUGUCACCUGGUCUGACUGGGAUCUGGGUGUCUGCCUGCACUACGAGUGUAAGAGGAAACAGCUCAGGAAAGCAGAUGUGCUGAACAGCUGGAUUGAUCUCCGAGCGACCUACAAGUCGUUCUAUAACCGAAAACCACACGGUCUGAAUGGAGCACUGCAGGAUGUAGGCAUUGUGUUUUCAGGUCGUGAGCACUCCGGUCUGGAUGACGCCCGGAACACCGCUCGGCUGGCCUGGCGCAUGAUCAAUGACGGCUGUAAGAUGAGAGUCACCAAGUCGUUGGACAGGGUUCCUCUGAUGAAGAAUCGGGUGCUCGGGCUACCAGCCAAUGGGCAGCCUGAGGACAGGCCUAACCUCGGGGGCGGUGACCAUAGUGCCAGCGGCGGCCUCGUCCCCACAGCCAGUGCCCGCAGGACAGGACCUGCUGAAGGCAGAGCCGCAGGGCAGAGCGGGCACGCGGAAGGGGGCAAAAGCAUUUGUACAAAAUCUUCUGGGCUGUGUGCGAACGGGGCCUGUCACAGCCUCCUAUCCCUGAAGACACAACUGAACACUCUUCCUGCCCCCCUCAGUCAUGGCAAAGCUGGGAAAGACUGCUCGAUGAUGUCCAGGGGUGUGCAGCCCGGAGCUGCUGUGCUGGUGCCCACACUGGCGCUCACCUCGGGCAUCUCGCUGGCCGGGGGCUGGGCCGGUACUGCCAAAAGAAAAGGCUCCCGUCUGAGCCCUCUCAGGCCCUGCAAGAAGCCACCCUUCACCGUCCACACAGAUUGCAGUAACGCCGCAACCCGUGCCCCGCCCUCAGCCCGUGCCCCGCCCCUCACUCGGCCCCCAGCCCGUGCCCCGCCCCUCGCUCGGCUCCCGGCCUGUGCCCCGCCCCCGGGCUGUGCUCCACCUCUCGCCCCGCUGCCCCCCGGGGGGUGGAAGCUGACGCCCCCGCUGUGUGGGUGUGGACGGCGAGCUCGCAGGCUCAGAGUCUCCGCCCCUGGCCUUAACCACGGCGAGGCUUUCUACUCGUGCCCGCGGGGGAAGCAAGAUGCUGAGAACGGCCGGGGCUGUGGCUACUUUAAGUGGGAGCGGGCGCUGAAGAGGGAGAUCUCGGUACUCACCACCCACUCCUCCCCGGACCCCCGGCUUCUCUCCCAGUGCAGGUAACUGGGCCAACGCUGUCCCUUCCGCAGCUGACAGCAGAGUCUGGGUCACCAGGCGUUUCGCCCACAAAACACAGUCAAAACCUCUGGAGUAAACUGCAGUGAGUUGGAGGAAUGGGACUAACUGGUCUGUGAUGCUUGUGUCAAUUCCUUCAAUCAAAAAACACCAUCGUCCCUCCUUUUCUGUUUUUAAUCUCAGUUUACAGUCACCGUUUCCGUAAAACAACAUUCAAAGUUGAUGAUUUGUUUUCUGCUUUUUUAACCAAAGGCCUAGAAACUGUAAC